GGUCCAAUCUGCUUCUCUUCUAUGUCUUCCUUUCCUAUACAAUUGCCCAUAGAAGAAAGGCGCUCUCAUUCUCUCACGUUUGUCCAGCAACUGCAAAAUCCACACUGGUUCAGUGAGAUUUGAAUUGAGGCAAGAGAAUGAGUUCGAAGAGAGAGCAUGAAGAUAAUGGUGGUGGGGGUAUUGAAGGGGAAGGGAGUUUAUUGGAGGCAAAGAGGCAGAAAGUGAGUGAGGAAGUAUCUCCCGACUCCUCGCCGCCUGCCUCCCUUCUUCCUGGUUUUAAUUAUGGGGACGAGGAUGAGGAGGAGAGAAGGGCACCUGUUAAUGGAGGGGGUGAUGGUAAGGAGCUACAGGCUGGAAAAAAUGGGGUUCGAGUUGAAGAAGAAGAAGAAGAGGAUGAUGGUGAACAAGGACUUUAUCAAGGACACAAGAGCCGCGAAAUUGAAGUUAGGAGGGAUUGCCCAUAUCUUGAUGCUGUUAAUCGCCAGGUUUUGGAUUUUGAUUUUGAGAAGUUUUGCUCGCUUUCUCUAUCAAAUUUGAACGUGUAUGCAUGCUUGGUUUGUGGGAAGUAUUACCAAGGAAGAGGAAGGAAGUCCCACGCAUAUACUCAUAGCCUUGAAGCAGGACACCAUGUGUAUAUCAAUCUUCGAACAGAGAAGGUUUAUUGCCUUCCUGAUGGAUAUGAAAUUAGUGACCCAUCAUUGGAUGACAUUCGACAUGUUCUGAACCCAAGGUUUACUGAGGAACAGGUUGAGCAGAUUGACAAAAACAAGCAGUGGUCAAGGACCCUUGAUGGUUCUGAUUACCUUCCUGGAAUGGUGGGGCUAAAUAACAUUAAGGAGACUGAUUUUGUGAAUGUCACUAUUCAAUCCUUAAUGAGAGUUAUGCCUUUAAGAAACUUUUUUCUUAUCCCAAAGAACUAUCAACAUUGCAAGUCUCCGCUUGUUCAUCGAUUUGGGGAGCUUACAAGAAAGAUAUGGCAUGCACGCAACUUUAAAGGACAGGUGAGCCCGCAUGAGUUCCUGCAGGCAGUUAUGAAAGCCAGUAAGAAACGGUUUCGAAUAGGAGCUCAGUCUGACCCUGUUGAGUUCAUGUCAUGGAUGCUCAAUACACUUCAUGCAGAUCUUAAAACUAAGAAGAAUACCAGCAUCAUUUAUGACUGCUUUCAGGGGGAACUAGAGGUUGUCAAGGAGACCCACAAGAAUACAGAUGGAGGAACUGAAUACAAGGGCCUUGUCACAGAAACUUACAGAAUGCCUUUCUUAAUGCUUGGAUUGGAUUUGCCCCCACCACCUCUUUUUAAAGAUGUGAUGGAGAAAAACAUCAUACCACAGGUCCCGCUGUUCAACAUUUUGAAGAAAUUUGAUGGUGAGACUGUUACUGAAAUUGUCCGGCCUCGCAUAGCAAGGACGAGGUAUCGCGUUACUAGAUUACCACGGUAUCUAAUUCUGCACAUGCAACGAUUCACAAAGAACAACUUCUUUGUGGAGAAGAAUCCUACUCUAGUCAACUUUCCUGUGAAGAACCUGGAAUUGAGAGAUUACAUUCCUUUGCCAACCCCCAAGGAGAAUGAGAGAUUGCGUUCAAAGUAUGAUUUGAUUGCCAAUAUUGUUCAUGAUGGUAAACCUGGUGAAGGGUCCUACAGAGUAUUUGUACAGCGAAAGUCAGAAGAACUAUGGUAUGAGAUGCAGGAUCUUCAUGUCUCAGAAACACUUCCUCAGAUGGUUGCUCUUUCCGAGGCUUAUAUGCAGAUAUAUGAGCAGCAACAGUAAGAUUGGAGAGACGGAAGAGAGGGAAUCAUUUUUAUUUUAAGUUCAAUGUAAUAUCCGGUAGGGCUUUAGUAAGCCGUUUGAUGCUGAUUUGUUCUAAAAAUCAAUUAGAAAAUCUUUACUUAUAUAGCUUGUAUUUGCCAGCAGACAAUGUCACUGAGAGCUGAUAUAUGAAUUUUGAGGGCAGCACUUUUUACUCUUAACGAAAUACAAAGUUCUUUUGUUGUUGA